AUGAAGAAAUUGACGGAGGAGGAAGUUGAAAAAUUGUUUCCGCGUAAGCUGUACUAUGAUUGGCUACAUGGCGGCAAGGAACGCGAUGUUGAAAAACGUAAGGGCAGAUUACAAGAGGAAGAAAGCUUGAAUGAAAUGGUGGAGGAACAAAAAGAUGGCGCUUCUAUCAAUACUUUAUACCAUCUCGCUAGGGAACGUGCGGACUCGAACGUACUGAAGGAAUUGGAAUUGAAAGCUGAUGGCGGUGCUGGUAGCAGCAUCAAAGAAGCGGAAUCAAAGAGCUGUGCCACCAGAGUGGAAGAAAUUGACUUGAGUGACGAAGUGCAUACCUCCACUUUAUGUUCCAAGAGCACCUCCACUGAACUUUACACAGCAAGGCGCUCAUUUGUCACUGAUGAAGACGAAAUUGAUGUUGCACACAGCAUACACUACGACUGCGGCUCAUGUGCCAUUUGUCUUGAGUUGAUUGAAGAAGAUGACUUGGUGCGUGGGCUCAUAUGUGGUCAUGUGUUCCAUGCAGACUGCUUAGACCCAUGGCUCACCAAACGCCGUGCAUGUUGUCCCAUGUGUAAACGGGAUUAUUUAUUCGAGCGCGAUUUCCAUCGGGAUGGAGAUCUUACCGGGGGGCAAAAUGCCAGUGGAGAAGGAGGAGAAGGAGAAGAAGAACAACAACAACAGCAACAACAGCAACAACAGCAACAACAGCAGCAGCAACAACAGCGACAGGGACAGGGACAGGGAGAAGAGGAUGAUGAAGAUGAUGAAGACGAUGACGAUGAUGAUGACAAUACAAGUCUCGACUCGAGCCAAUUGCGUAUGAUGCAUGAGUUCCUACCCAUUGCAGAGCGGGCUCGCUUGGUUUUGAACGAUCCUAGGUAUGCUGACUUGAACUUGGAAAAUAGAGCUGGUGAACUAGCCAAGAGGAAAUAUGGUGGCUGGUUCCGUCGCUUUUGGUGGAGGUUGAUGGGAGUUUCCGAAUUCGAUUUGUACCAUUGGGCUGUUUUGCAUUUGGCUAGGGGGCAUCGAUUCCUGGAAGAACUGUCGUCUGGAGACUCGGGAGCUGAAGAAGACAGCGGUGCCGGUGGUGUCGUUGAAAAUCUCGAGCCUGGAACGGGGGCUGGUUCUCUGCAUCCGGGCACUAGAGGUGCUACUGACACCACGGAUGUGACCGCCAACGCUGGAGAAACCGGAGAAGCUUCCAACCGCGGUUCGCCAAUGGAAACAUCGAACCCGGAGAAUGCCAGAGAAACCAUGGAAAUCAUCGAAAACAGGGUUUGA